AUGGCCACUAAUAAAGAUAUCAAAAUCCAUGAAGAGAACGGGUCUGCUUUGGUCGCGACAGCCAUCACUCUCUUGACACUAAGCUGGUUCUCUGUCGGGCUACGCACAUAUACAAGGGCUGUCUUGAUGAAAAGUUUGCAGCUCGAUGACUGGCUUAUGCUCGUUGCUCAGUUCAUCUUCACGAUAUCAUGUGCAUUUAUCCUUGAAGGUGUCCAGAAGGGAAUCGGAAAGCACAAUGACGCCAUCAAAGACGAUGAGGCCAAAGUGCAAGCCCUUAUGUGGCAGGCUUUGGCAACAGCGACCUAUAUUUUGGACAUGAUGUUCAUAAAACUUAGCAUUGGUGUCUUCUUGCUCCGUUUAUGUGUCAAACGGGUCUACGUCUGGAUUAUCCGGAUCAGUCUAGCUAUUAUCAGCAUCUGGAGUGUAGUUCUCUUUUUCUGGAACCUAUUCCAGUGCAAACCAGUCGAAAUGCAGUGGGACUUCAGGAUAAAAGACGGUACUUGUGUGAGUGCAGACCAGAUCGUCUCAGCGGCCUAUGCCAUAAGUGUUAUGACAGUCGUUUCUGACUGGCUCUACGCCCUUCUACCAAUCCCAAUGCUGUGGUCAGUCAAAAUGACCAAGCAAGCAAAAACAACUGUUAUUGCAAUUUUGGGGCUAGGCAUAUUUGCCAGUGUCGCGACCCUUGUACGCCUACGAUUCCUGGCGGAUCUUACUGAUACGGAAGACAUUCUAUUUGCUGGAACCGAUGCCAUGGUUUGGACACUGAUAGAACCAGGCGUCGCUAUUGUUGCAUCAAGUCUAGCUACCAUCCGACCACUUCUUCGUGCUAUGAGGAUCAGAGGCUUCGAAUCGACCGAAAAUACUUAUGGCACAGGCCACUCUGCUGCUGUCAGAUCAAACGCAAACCGUUCCAAAACCGGAAUCUUGAUUAUGCCAGGCUUUGGCCCUGAAGAUGUCUCACUGACCAAUAUGGUGUCACAAAACAACACGAACUCCCUAUCACACACAAACGACAUCGAAAUCUUACCUCCUCGACACGUGGGCGACGGCCCUACCUCACCUGGUCAAGCGAGCAUCGUUAAAAGCGAGAUCCUGGUGAUACAAGGCAAUAGCUCGCCCCCGUCGUCCUGGCAAAGUCGAAACGAUCGCUCUGCUUCUAGCUCUUUCGACCAAAUCCACGACCUGGAGGCAUACAGCCAAGAACUUGAACGCGAUGAUACGAGGGGCAGAGGCAGAUGA